AUGGCCACCCAACUAAGCGGACACCCUUCUAACGGUGCCAACGGUACUGUCAACCAUCAGGUCAACGACAAAAUCCCCCCUCCUACCAAGGAGUUCAAAGAUGCUUUCAUUUCGCUUGAUCGCAUUCAAGAGGCACACGACACCCAAUGGCCGCCUCGUCAAAAACUGGAUGUUCCCAUAUUCAAUACCGAUGCUGACCCUGAGGAUGUCAUUGAAGCACUGAGGCGAGUGGGAGGCUGUGUGGUGCGUCAAAUUGUCACUUCCGACUCCCUCGCACAGAUGGAGAAGGACAUUCGACCAGCUCUUGAGGCUGACGUGCCAUGGUCGGCAUCGACAUUCUUCCCGCCCACGACUCGUCGGGCGUUUGGGCUUAUUGGCAAAUCUCGAGCCUUCGCCACAGACAUCAUUGGCAACGAGCUCUACCAAACUGUCUGCGACCGAUUCCUGGCGACCAAGUCCUACCCUUACUACGGGGAUCGCAAUGAGCUUAAUGUGUCUCCUCCCCAAGUCAACAAUACCAUCGCAUUCUCCGUCCGCCCAGGAAACAGUUUCAACCAGCCACUCCAUCGCGACGACGAUAUCCACUAUGCCGACCGUCCCCGCGUGGACAUCUACCCCCAGCCGACCAACUCGCGCGAGUACGGCAUUGGUUUCUUUGUGGCGGGCACCAAGACGACCAAGGCCAACGGCGCCACGCGCUUCAUACCAGGAAGCCACCUCGAGGCGACACUGCAGCCACCAGACGAGGCUUUUGCUCACUACGCCGAGCUAAACCCCGGUGAUGGGUUCAUCAUGCUGUCAAGCUGCUAUCACGGCGGCAGUGCCAACAGGACCGAGGACGAGGAGCGGCUUCUGUUCAGCUGCUUCAUGACUCGAGGAUGGCUGCGCCAGGAGGAAAAUCAGUAUCUUGCUGUGCCACUAGAGACGGCCAAGAAGCUGCCACUCCGUAUCCAGAAGCUGAUGGGUUACGCUACUAGCGAUCCUAUGUUGGGUUGGGUGAACUUCAAGGACCCAUUGGUUGUGUUGGAUCCGAGGAAUGCUAAGCGAGUCGCGCACAAGAAACUAGAGGAAACAACAACCGCAAACUGA